CAUAUUGCCAAUUCAGCCGCCAUAUUUCAAAACUUGAACCGUUGCCUAAUUUCUCAACCCCCGCCCAUAAAACACGGCCUUCUGUUCAGACAAAAAAGGAAAAAGGGAAAAGAUUCAGAAAAAAGUACGAAACAAGUUGGCGGGUAAAAUUUCUAUUAAAUUAAUGAUAAUUGAGGUUGAUGACGAUGAUGAAAGCAGGUUCCUCAACUUUAAUAAUGGUCGUAUCCAGAGAGGCCACAUUACAGUUGCUUAUUACUCAUUAAAGUGUUCUUUACUGUCUCUCUCUCUUGUCCGAUUUCAACCCUUGUUAAUGAUAAUUUAGGGUUCCAUUUCAUCUAUUCUCUUGUUCUUGUUGUCGCAUUUAAUUCGUGGGGUUCGAGUUCGUGUUUUUUGAGUUUCAAUGGACAGUUCUUCAUCUUCUGAAUUGAAGCAUAUUGAAGAAUCAUCAACAUCGGAUGCUCCUGAUCCGCAGGCAAUUGAUCAAAAUCCAAUAAAUGGAGAGGCCUUCUCAGUUCAGCAUUCAAGGAGGCCAAAUAUUUCCUCAUUGCAAAUACCCACAAGGUCCUUAGAAGAUUCGUUGCCUAUCUCUACUGAAAUAGAUAUUCCCUCCACAUCGAGUCAAAGUUCUACAAAAUCAGGGUUGCCUCCGAGAUCAGGUACAGCAAAGUUCAAACCAUCUAUAAGAAGUCUCCUUCCACAGAGGAGCACCAAGAAUAAAGGUUUGUCCCAGGAUACACCUCCAUCAGAAGGAUCUCUGGAUAAACCUUCUACUUCAAAGUCAUUUUCUUUGACCAAGGUUUUUUCCUUGUCAUCUGCAAAAAGAACAACCUCAUUGCCAAUUACACCAGUUGUGAAUUCAAGCGCUGAAUGUAGACAGGAAAGAAAUCUGGAUGACUCUUUGAAUAUUACUAAAUCAAAAGUUCACCGUCAUAUAACUCGCUCACUCUCAGUUCCAGCCAAUAGCAAAACCAGAAGCUUAAGACGGACAGAUUCUAUGGGAGUUGUAGUCCGUGUAAUCUCAGGAACUCCUCCUCCUACAACUAUUGAUGAUACCUCACCAAAUGAUGGCGUAGCAGAUGUUGAAAUGGAGCAUGCUGAAAAAGAUAUCCGUGAAGAAGAAGCAGUCUGCAGAAUCUGUUUGGUUGGGCUUGGGGAAGGAGGUGAAACUCUUAAGAUGGAAUGUAGCUGCAAAGGAGACCUUGCACUUGCUCACAAAGAGUGCGCCGUGAAAUGGUUUAGCAUUAAGGGUAACAAGACAUGUGAUAUUUGCAAGCAAGAUGUUAGAAACCUACCAGUAACAUUAUUGAGAAUACAGAAUGCUCAGGCCGUUAGUAGGCAGCCACCAACUGUACCUCAGCAAGAUGAAGGUCCUCCCUACAGGUUCUGGCAUGACGUACCAAUUCUUGUCAUGGUCAGCAUGCUUGCCUAUUUCUGCUUUCUGGAGCAACUGCUGGUCUCUGCUCUGGGCUCUCGUGCUCUUGCCAUAUCACUGCCUUUCUCUUGUGCUUUAGGUCUUCUUUCAUCCAUGAUAGCUUCAACAAUGGUAAGCAAGAGCUACGUUUGGGUGUUUGCAUCCUUCCAGUUUGCAACUGUGAUCCUGUUUGCUUAUAUCUUCUAUAUUAUUCUCAAUGUUGAGCCAGUUCUUUCAGUCCUUCUUUCAUCAUUCACUGGGUUUGGGAUUGCAAUGAGCAUGUAUGCUCUAAUUGUUGAGUUCUUUAGAUGGAGAAUGAACCGAAGUCUACAGUCUGCUCGUCUGCAAAAUAUUACAGGUGCACAACAGGGACAGCAGCUAAGAGAGGUAAUUAAUGUGAGACCAAUGGGUGGCACAAGACAGCAAGAAACCAGGGUUGAGAACACAAAUAUUUCACAUGGAUGAAACAGUUCCUAUGUUCACAGAUUCAGAAGAGAAGCUUGUCCUAACCACAUUAAUGCUUCUAAAUGAGGCUAUUCAAAUCAGUUAGAGAAUUUUUUAUGGGUCAAAAUUAAGGAAGGAAAUGACAAGAGAAGGAGAGUUUUUGGGGGGGGGGGAGAUUAAAGGAAAAGGUGUAAACUAUUAUCUUUUUAUGUAUUGUUGAGAAAAUCAAAAUGUAUUUUGAGAGAAUGUCAUUAAUAUAUCUUUCGUGACAGUCUUAUUUUCUAAUCA